UGGUUCUCAUAGCGCAGCAGUGGAAGGGGGGGCAGCGGCUCAGUUUGCGAUUUGCUGAUUGGUGGCUCAGGACCCUUUCCUGUCAGCUGAUUGGCGGCGGGGCGGAGGCGGGAAGGACGGACGCUGAAGCGGGCUCUGUGGCCUGAGGAUAUUUUUUUCCUGUUGAGAAGGUUGAUGAUGAAGCUGAAUCAUGCCAUGCGUUGGUGGUUUUGUGAUGUAUGUGUUUACUCAUUAAAAGUCAGAUGACACAGUUCUAAACCUGAAGUGAGCAGGAGUAAAAAGUGACAAUGUCUUCUGAUGUGUCAGAAUAUACUAUCGGGGGAGUCAAGAUUAGAUUCCCUUGCAAGGCAUAUCCUUCACAGCUUGCUAUGAUGAAUGCUAUUGUCAAGGGCUUAAAUAACAGGCAGCACUGUUUGUUGGAGAGCCCUACGGGAAGUGGCAAAAGCUUGGCAUUGCUUUGUUCUGCGUUAUCAUGGCAGCAGUCUCUGUAUGGGAAAUUAGUGCUCACAUCGUCAUGUGAAAAGGAAGAGAGAAAGCCAGAGAGCUCCCUGCCCUGUCGCUGUGCGUGUCAUUCCCAGUCUAAGAGCAACGAGGCCGCAACGAGUGUGAAUCCUGGUGCUUCUUGUUCUUCUAGUAAUUAUGAAACAGGCAGUUCUGUAAAACCUGGAAGCCCACUGACAAAUACAGGAUGUAAAGAAAAUGAAACGUUAGCUUCGAAAUUGUCAGCCAAAAAAAGGUUAUCUGUGUGUAACAGUGAGAAUGAUGAUUUUCAAGUGGACAGGAAAAGGAUUCGCCCUUUAGAAACUGAGCAGCAGCAGGUUAGAAAACGUCAUUGUUUUGCAAAAGGAGUCCAGAUGGUUGAUGCCUUGGAAGUCUAUCAGCAGAGGAAAAAUGGAGAGCUGGUUGUGCACUCUGAAAAAAGUGUGAAAACUGCUACUUCUGCUCCCAGAACAUCUUCAGGUCCUUGCACUGAAUGUUCCUGUUCUUCUGGAAAAGAAACUAAUAAAGAUACUAGUAACACAAAGAAGAAAGAAAGUGGAGAUCAGUCGUUCAUUCCUAAAAUAUAUUUUGGAACGCGCACACACAAGCAAAUAUCCCAGAUUACUAGAGAGUUGAAGAGAACAGCGUAUUCCAGUGUCCCCAUGACAAUUCUUUCUAGCCGGGAUUACACCUGUAUUCACCCAGUGGUAUCUAAUAGUGGUAGUAACAGGAAUGAAAUGUGUGUAGAAUUGCUGGAAGGAAAACAUGGCAAGUCCUGUCUUUACUAUCACGGUGUUCAUAAAGUCAGCGAGCACCAUGGCCUGCAGUCUGCACACAACAUGUCCCAGGCCUGGGACAUUGAAGAUCUCGUGCACCUGGGAAAGAAGCUUCGUGCUUGUCCAUAUUUUGCAGCCAGAGAACUCAUGGUGGGCGCAGAUAUUGUGUUUUGUCCUUAUAAUUAUCUCCUGGACCCGCAGAUACGGGAGAGUAUGGAUAUUAACCUGAAAGGCCACGUAGUCAUUUUAGACGAAGCCCAUAAUAUUGAGGACUCUGCUCGGGAGUCAGUGAGCUACGGAGUUACAGAAAAUCAACUGAGAGCUGCUCAAGAAGAGCUUGAUUUCAUGGUCAAUAACAACAUCAGGCAGAUGGACCAUGGGCCCCUCCGGGCUGUGUGCUGCUCUUUGACAAACUGGUUACGGCAGAGCUCUAGUCAACUGGUAGAAAGAGGAUAUGAAACCUCCUGUAAGGUUUGGAGUGGAAAAGAAAUGCUCCCUAUUUUACACCAAAUGGGAAUCACUGGUAUUACUUUUCCCAUUUUACAGAAACAUCUUGCUACUGUUCUGGAAAAAGAAGAAAAAAUAUCAGUGCUUGGUAGAGAGGAACUUAUUGAGAUACCAGUUGUGAGCCCUGCCACUCAGAUUGUGCUGAAAGGGUUAUUCAUGGUGCUUUUAUUUCUUUUUAAAGAUAAUAGCAGGUAUGCAGAUGACUACAGAGUUGCUCUACAGCAAACCUAUGCCUGGAUGAAUGAAAACCAGCCUGAUGUUUCAGAGACAAGCGCCUUGGUUACAAGGCCCAGGCAUAAAAGGAAUUUGCGGCAGAAAACCAUGGUCCACGUGCUUAAUUUUUGGUGCUUGAAUCCUGCUGUGGCAUUUUCAGACUUAAGUGAUGUUAGAACAAUUGUUCUGACAUCUGGGACACUCUCCCCAAUGGAUUCAUUUUCUUCGGAACUUGGUGUGAAGUUUUCUAUUCAGUUGGAGGCAAAUCACAUUAUUCGGAACUCACAGGUUUGGGUUGGCACCGUGGGAGCGGGCCCGAACCGGCGGAAGUUGUGCGCAACGUUCCAGCACACGGAGACCUUUGAGUUCCAGGAUGAGGUGGGAGCUCUCCUGCUGUCCGUCUGUCAGACCGUCGGCCAAGGAAUUCUCUGCUUUUUGCCAUCCUAUAAACUCUUGGACAAAUUAAAAGAUCGCUGGAUGCACACGGGGUUAUGGAGAAACCUGGAGCUGGUUAAAACAGUUAUUGCUGAGCCUCAAGGAGGGGCGAAGAGUGACUUCGAUGAACUGCUGAAAAUAUACUACGAUGCAAUAAAAUGUAAAGGAGAAAGAGAUGGAGCGCUCCUCAUAGCCGUAUGCAGAGGAAAAGUCAGCGAAGGCUUGGAUUUCUGCGAUGAGAACGCCCGUGCGGUUAUAACCAUUGGUAUUCCAUUUCCAAAUGUGAAAGACCUGCAGGUUGAAUUAAAGAGGAAGUACAAUGACCAGCACAAAAAUACAAGAGGCCUUUUACCAGGGAGCCAGUGGUAUGAAAUUCAAGCUUAUAGGGCUCUGAACCAAGCCCUGGGAAGGUGUAUAAGACAUAGGAACGACUGGGGUGCUCUGAUUUUAGUUGAUGAUCGCUUCCGGAAUAACCCAAAUAAGUACAUAACUGGAUUAUCUAAAUGGAUUCGUCAACAAAUCCAGCACCAUGAAAAUUUCAGUAGUGCACUCGAAUCCUUGCAAGCAUUCGCUACAAGAAACCAGAAAGGCAUUGAUGCUUUGUCAGAGUGCAGCAGUGAAUUUCCCCAUGUACCUUCAAACUCAAAAGACCUGUCUCAAGCCUCUCAACAGGAGUCAACGAUUCAUCUGUCACCAGAUGUUCCUGCUAAAGGUGGCCAGAAAGUUGAUGUAGAGACUCAUUCUCACCAUGUAACACAAAGACGAAAACAUAUGGACUCCACACCCAGAAUGCCAACAACUAAAACAGAGAGAGAAAGAAGGAAUGGGGGGACUAAUGCGGAUAUUAUGAAGGAACAUUGCUGCUUUAAACCACUGACUUCAACACCUCUGCCUGAAGCCAAGAACUGUGUGUCCACAGCGAACAGCAAACAAAAGAAUGUGGCUAGGGCUGGUGAACUUAUUGACAGUGUAAAUCAAUGCCAGUCAUCAUUAAUUUCCGAACAGAAACCAAGCGCACCAGAAUCAUGUUUAGAAACAACUGAUGUUUCACUUAAAAACCCUGAGGCCGCAGUUGCUGAAGAGCGUUCGCGUGAGCUCCAGCUUCCAGUUGAGCCCUGCAGUGAGUUCCCUGCAGCAGGAGGGAAACCUGAACUUUCAGUGUUAAACGGAUCUGCAGAAGCUGAAGAGGAGGACGAGAGUAUCUACUUCACACCUGAACUCUAUGAUGAUGCAGAAACAGAGGAUGAGGAGAUCAAACCACUGGUUCCAACCUGUAAUGCAAAUGAGAAUCAGACUAAAUGUGGGCACAGCACAGCUGCUACUGAUGUCUUUGCAAUUAACACCUCAGAAACACUAAAUGUAGCUAAAAAAGAGAUGGGUGAUAGCAGAAGCGCAAGUUUACGUGGAGUAAUGCACAACGAGGGGAGUAAGAAUAGUGCGGUUAAUAAUGCAGAGAUGACUAGCGAAACAGAAGCAGGGCAGGUAGCAUCUCAGGAGAUGGACACCAAGAAACGGAAGAUCAGUCUUUCCAGAUCACGAAAUAAAGGUGCGUCGUCUUCUCUGUUGAACAACAGUGGCUUGUAGUGCCCCGGUCACAGCCGCUGCUCUCGUUCCAUGUGUGCUGCCAGCACACUCCAGUUGUCAUUAGACUUUCUUGGUUGUGACUGUGAAAGUUAACCUGUAGUCUUCUAUAGACAUAAUUAAGAUUCUUUAUCCUAACUGUGUGGUGAAAGGGCAUCAUGUGUGGAAAUUCUAAACAGAAGCCCGAGUAGCAAUUGGCUUGUAGUUACAGGCUGGGGUUUGUCUAUUCCAGAUUUAAUGAAACGGCCAUUAAAUAUAAUCAAACAAUUGGGUUUUUCUCAGAAAGCAAAACACCCAUAUAAUCAAAUUGGUUUUUUUGCAUUUAUUAGGGCUUUUUUUUUAAUUAAAUAUGAGAACAGCAUCUUUGCAGAUCAAGUAAUAUGAUAGAUUGAGCCUGGAUACUGAAAUAGGUGUUUUCUUCAGGAUUUUGUUUCCUUCACAUUUCUUUUGUCAGAGUGACUAUCAGAAGCUGCUGUAGUAUUUGAACAGUUUGAUAUUUGACGAUGAUGAGAGGCUUUUUCAGUGGUCUUUAUUUGCUUUCUAUGAGUUGAGGUUUCUUUACAAUUUCCUUUUGCGAGAGGUUCUAAUUUCUUCUGGUCACAUUCUGUUAGUAUUCGUAUCGAAACGUGUUCAUUUGUAUGCCCUACAAACACAUUUACUAUGCAAUAUAUAACAAUGAAAAUUUGUACAUGAAGAUCUGUUAAGUCUUCCUCAGUCUACUUUUUUUGAAGUAUUUUAAACAUUUCUUUCAUGUAUUGCAAUGAAAACAGCCAGGAUUUUGCUGUAAUAAAGCGUACUACACCUGA